UGCAUUUAACUGCGCGUGCGCUUUAAUCAGCUGAUACAUAACCCAACUUUUGCGUUCGGGAAAUCGUAGAGAUUGGGUUUCUACGAUACGACUGUAAAUGACGAUUUCUCGUUCUAACGCACCUAACAUUUGAAAAUAAAAUCCAUGUCUUGGAUCGUAAACUCUAUCCGUGCUGCCGUGAGCACGUGGACCCCACAGGUGGCACCAAUACGGUUUCGCCAUCACGCGGACAAAUUGGCGAAAGGUCCCCUCAUACGGCGCUAUGGAUACGAGGAACACAUAGAUAUGAGAGGCCUCCUACCGCAUACGUACACUAGGCGAAUACUUCCGAUGCCGAUCUAUCGGCCGAAGGACUCCUGGUCCGAGAAGAAGGCACUGUACGGUCAGAACGACUACAUCGACAUAUUGGGCUCGGGUAGCGUACAUCCCACGAGAAUUCUCUACAACAUGCCCUCGUGGCUGAGAGGUGUCAGCGGCAACGAAUUCCAAGUCUUACUGAGAAAGAGAAAAAUGUGGGGCAGGGGCAUAUAUCCGAUAGCGAGACCCACCAAGUGGAAACAACUCAACAAGAGAAUAAGUUAUCUCUAUAAAUAUUUGAACCGUAAAACUAAUAAUACGUAAAUAGAUCGAGUUGGUUUACGUUUCUGACCGAAAUUUGAUGCAAUUCAACUCUCAAAUAGGCAAUUGCUACGUUUUCUUUUCAAUUACUUCCCGAACGUUCUACCGAGUUCUCGCAACCUCCGUUUCGGGUGACACAAUUACCGAGUACAAUAUCAGUUACGAUUUACACGUGCUACCGCUUACAGCAAUAAUUAUUUUAAAAAAAUAUAAAAUAAUGAAUUUGUUUAUUGACAAAUAAUUAUCCAUCGGAUAUACGAUUAUUUCACAACAUUGAAGAACGUAAAUACUUUUCUCGCUGAAACGCGGAUUUUCAUUUCGUAGAAAGAUAAGAGAUACAUGUGUCACGGUCACGUAUCGUAUUAUGUACAUAGUCACAGUUGUGGUGUUUACGUCUAACAGUUCAAUAUGCAUUGCGAAACGACCGCGAAACAGAAACACGCCCGGAGUAGUCUUCCUGAUUAACUAUUGUCUGUGAAUUGAGUAUUGUCCCUUCUCUUACAAAGUAGUCACAUUUAAUCAAUAUUACGAUCGCAAGUUUUGACAAUAGCUGAUUAAGAAAACUUUGAAUGUACUUAUUACGCAUUUUGUGGCAUCUUGACAGCGGCGUUUUGAAAAUUUGUAUUCAGCACAUCUCUUUUUUUUGUAAAGUAUAUUAUAAAUUCCUUGCUAGAAGUUCGUCCUGGUAAUUAGUUACACGAUAUAUUCACACUGUGCUGUUGCAGAUACUUUACAUUAAAAAAAAUAUGUAAUACUAUCUUAAAA